AGGCAGACAGGUAAGGCUGCUGACACACUGAUCCUCAUGCUCCCUACCCAGACUCACCUUCACUUUGGAAUCGGUUGGAUUUACUAGGACGUAAUUUUUCUAAAUGGUAUAACGAGGACAGAUCUGGAUCUGGCCAAGUCCCCCCCCUGGAGUGAUCUCUGGCGCCCCCUAGGGGAUGCGCUAGCAUGGCCCCGCUGGACCUGAGUAUGCCCAGGAGCCGCCUGCCCCUCCUCCUGCUCCUGCUGCUGGCAGUGCGGCCCAGUGAGGAGCAACUGGUGUCCGUUCAAACUGAAACUGUUGCAGUUGGUUCUGCAAGCACAUCAAGCAGCAGUCCCAUUGAAUACCUUCUGGAGAUUCAAGUCCAGACCUCUGAUUUGGUGGAGGUCAGGAACCUCCAGAACACCUUGAAGCUCCCCACAGCCCUCUCUAACACCAGUGACAUCACAGGCCUCAACAUCACCACAGUGUGCGCCCUGGUCGCAGAUAGUUUCCAGUGUGAGUGCGAGAGUACGUUCUUCUGGCCGUUAGACAGCUGCCAGCGGUAUGGAAGCUGUGGACAGCCGGAAGCCACCUGUACCUGUCUCACAUCCCUGCCAGCUAAUGGUCUCUUCUGCCAGCCCAGAUUCGAAUGGCUGUACGAGGUGGAAUUGGGCAUCCCUGGUUCCCUGGCGAUGGCGGCAGCGUCUCAGGCAGUCGCCAGGCCAAUAAUUAGAGGGAUCUCCGUUUCUGGUUCUCAGCUCAGCCAGUUCUGUUUCUGA